UUGUUUUUACCUGUAAUUUAAAAUCAUUUAGUUCUUUAUACCAUUAAGAAAUUGGUUUCAUGAUCUUUUGAGCUUUGCUUCUGUUUGACUACAGGGAAUCCCUGUGGGUUAAGGCUCCUAAUCUUUGGAUAAGAUAGUUCUUUACCAUAUUUAUGGUAAUAAUAAAUUGAUUUAUGGUCUUUUUUCUAACAUGACUGGGAAGGAGGUGGAUGGAUUCCAGCUGUAAGACGUCUAUUGCUGGUCAACGUUAGGUUUUUACUAUAAUCUAUAAUGGAAGGAUAAGAGGGUUAAAUGUUGACAACCUUUAUCUUUCGGCUCCUAAAAACAGUUACUGCCAAGUUAUGGUGGUUUUUUUUUUUUCCCUUCUAAUGUUUGGUUAAUUUAACAACAGUUGAAAGAGUUGAAUGUUUUCUAGGAAACAAAUUGGAAAGAACGAAUAUUGUGUUUUUUUUUUAAGGUAAUUUUUGGAAUUCAAGAAUUGAUGUCAGAUAACAUGGUGCUUUCCUCUGACUUCUUCAGUUGUUAGGACAGGAUGGAUGUUCCAUUUUAUGUUGGUUUUAUGGAAGAUCAGAUUGUUUUGUUUUGUAGUUUAUGGUGUUAUGGUGUUGGUAAGCUUUCAGUUGUAUUAUCUUUCUUUUUUGAAGUCGUUUCAUGGUAAUAUGCUGAUAUUGAAAUUUGCAUGGAUUUAUGUUCCAUGAAUCAUGUUUUGGCUUGUAAAAUACAAAAACCUUGUGAAGGCUCGGAUGUGAUAACAUUUAUCUGAUUCUGCAUAUUCCAAAUAGCAAGCAAUAGUUUAUUGUUUGUUUUUUCCCUUGUUAGCCGUGACAUUGGUAAGUAAUUCUCUUUUGACCUCUCAUUUCUGACAUACGUGGUUGCUUGGUAUCGGGUUCUCAGGUGCUUCAUAGAAGUCAUUAAGGAUAUACAAAUUUGAUUCUAAAUUAGUUGAAUAAAGAGGUUUACCAAAGUUAUUAUGGGAACUGAAGAGGAGAGCACCCCUGCCAAGCCUUCCAAAUCUGCAGCCUCAACUCAGGAAGUACUAAAAACACCAUCAUAUCCUGAUUGGACAAACCCGAUGCAGGCUUAUUAUGGAGCUGGAGCUACUCCACCGCCCUUUUUUGCCUCAACUGUUGCUUCUCCAACUCCUCAUCCAUAUAUCUGGGGAGGCCAGCAUCCUUUAAUGCCUCCAUAUGGCACCCCAGUUCCAUUCCCAGCUAUAUAUCCUCCUGGGGGAGUCUAUGCACAUCCUAAUAUUGCCACGAAUAAUGCUGAUCAUGAGGGCAAGGGUGCUGAUGGAAAGGAUAGAGGUGCCACCAAAAAAUCGAAGGGAACUUCGGGAAGCAAGGUUGGAGAGAGUGGAAAGGCAGCUUCAGGCUCUGGAAAUGAUGGUCGCUCUCAAUGCAGUGAAAGCGGCAGUGAGGGUACAUCAGAUGGAAGUGAUGAGAAUAAUCAACAAGAACCUGCUGCUGAUAAAAAGAGCUUUGGUCAGAUGCUUGCAGAUGCCAAUGCACAGAAUAAUACCACUGGGGCUUUAGUUCCUGGGAAACCCGUAGUCUCUAUGCCUGCAGCUACUGUGAAUAUAGGGAUGGACCUAUGGAGUGGAUGCCCUGCUGCCACAGGAGCUGCAAAAAUGAGACCCAACUCAUCUGGUGCUGUAGCCACAGUUCCUGCUGGAGGUGUGAUGCCUGACCAGUGGAUUCAAGAUGAACGCGAGUUGAAAAGACAGAAGAGGAAACAGUCUAAUAGGGAGUCUGCUAGAAGAUCAAGAUUACGCAAGCAGGCGGAUUGUGAAGAGCUACAAGCCAGGGUGGAGAACUUGGCGAAUGAAAACCGCAACCUUAGAGAGGAACUAAAGAAGCUUUCUGAUGAAUGUGAGAAGCUUACAUCAGAAAAUAGUUCUAUUAAGGCUGAGAACUUAAGCCUGAACUUAAGCCUAGCUGCCGUGCUAUACGUGGAUCAUGACACUAUCACUUCUUCCUUGUGCGUAGUUUUGAAUUUAUUAUCUACAAAUAUGAUUUGCUUCUUAUAUAACAGGAUGAGUUGAUGCGGUAACUAACCUCAAGCAUGACAACCCCUCUUCGAUUCUCAAGUGACGAGGUGGUGAGGGGAAUUCUUAGGAAGGAAACCUACCGGAUAACUUGCAGCCAGUGCAGUAAUUUCUUAGUAUCCAGCCAGGGCAUUAGUUUUCCAUACAAAUCUAUGCCUUUAACCCUUUAUAACUGUAAUAUGUAUAUCACACGCACAAAGUUUUAACCAGAGUUCAAAUUGUUGUAUUGUAGUUGAUUGGGAGACAGGAAGAGUGAUUCAACCACUAUUCAGAUUUUGACCACAUUUGGAUGUUAGUGUUUUUAUUUAAAAUAGAAAUAAACUUUGUCUAUGUUGCCAUGUAACGAUUAAUGUGAGAAGCCGGCAUCAGAAAUGGGGAAAAUGAGAUCAAAUUUUUAUUA